AUGCAGCAUUCACGAAAUACGAGCAUGGCCGGAUCAGCCGCUUCCACGAGCCCCUUGAGCCCGGAGCUCAUUGCCUCCCUCGGUCGCGGUGCGUUUGACGAGGCGACCCUUCCUGCCAAAUUCGACCCUCUCGAUACACACUCAGGUUAUUCGACACCAUCCGGGAUAUCCGCCACUCAUGCGUUGCCGCCAACGUUGAGUACGAUCCAAGACAAUGACACAGCACUGAGGGAUGUGAGCCCCGCCGCCAUACUUCACAACCGAAUGAACUCCGGAGGAAAACCAAGACGCGAGCGGUCGGAUAGUCGUUCACAGUCCAAACAUCACUCGGAGUCAAAGACUGUUGGGGAAUAUGCAUUGCACCACUUGUUCAACUCAUUUGUUGGACAGGCAGACAACAAGAUCAAUCAGGCUAUCAUGAAGAUGGGGGAAUCCGAUGCUCCCGUGGAGGAGGUUUGCGGUCCAGGAGCAGAUCCGACAUUUGAUCAAUUGAUAUCGGCAUUAGGACAUAUCGCUCGGCAGAAACCGAAACCUCUGAUUGAUACAAUUAUGUUCUGGCGCAAGGCUAAAGGAGAUGCUGCUAUUACAGCGAGACAGAUGUUGAAUGAGCAAAGAGCCUCGCCCGCUGCCACAGAGAAUAUCCCCCUCUUGCGCCGCAAUACCGAGCCGACACAGCCUGCUGAUCCCGCUGCUACUGCCGAACGGGCGCAGCACUCGACGCCCGUUAUCGCUCGUCCGGACGAAGUCGCUUUAAUAGAGCGACGCGCAACGGUCUCGGUAUACUUAGUCUGUCGAGUCUUGAUUGAGAUCUUCAACCAAAGUAGCCUGGCUUCAAUCACUUUCGACAUGGCGGAUCGCCUAGAAGACAUCGUGUUUGGCCAGGUGAAGACAUCUGAUCCGGACCAGAUCUCGGCCUCACCUCUGCGGAUGGCUAAUUGGCGAAUCUAUGGCCAGUUGCUGGGGAUCAUGAGUGAAUCCAAUUUCUCCGGUGUCGCUGGUCGUUACUUGACGGAACUCGAGCGCUAUCAGAAGGAGGAAGCUACCCGGGGGCCAUCUCGCGAGGGCGAUUCAAAGUCGGAAUUGCUGAUCCUCUGUAUGCGAUAUCUACGUUUGCCUAUGACUUCAGAAGGAUGGCCCAAGUCUUGCGAUUUCAUGCGAUCGUUGGCACGCUUGUUUGUCAAUGCUCACGGGCAGCGUAUCAAACAGGCAUACUGCUACGUGAUUGAAAAACUUCUUCUCCCUGUCGCUGCCAACCCGAGCUGUGAUCUCUCACUACCUCGGUGGAAGGAAUUCGUGGACCUGAUCCAACCGCGCCUGACACAGCUUCUUAUCAAGCCUCGUCAUUGGACAUCUUCCUUUUCGUUGAAUGUGCUGUUGCUUUGCAUCUCCAACAAAGAGACCUUCUCUUCCCAAUGGCUCUCGAUGAUUUCGAGCUUGCCUGCACGUCUGAAGGACCGCCCUACUCGUGCACCCGCCCUCCACGCCAUCUGCCGUCUGGUCUGGACAUAUUUCUUCCGCUUCUCCGACUCCCCCACAACCGCUCUUCGCAAGGUUGAAGAAGUGGCAAAGAUUGCCCUGCCGACCGGCAGGAGAACGUACAUGAGCGCAGAGCCGGUCUUUGCCGAUCCGUUGAUCCAGCUGAUUCAAAUCAUCGGUUUCAAGCAUCCGGAUGUCUGUUUCCGUAACAUUAUUUUUCCUUUGAUCAACUCAGAUCUGUUUCUAUCUGGCAGAGAGUUGAAGAUAGAACAGAUGGAGCCGGAGAAAAUGGUCAUCGGAAUCCGCGCUUUCCUGGCUACGAUGUCUGAUCUGGAGACAAGUGACCAAUUGUGCCCUCCGAUCCCGACUGGCUCGCUCCCAAAUCCUUUCACCGACGUUUCAACUCCUGUGUAUUUCCAUCGACCCCAACUGCUUAAAGAGUACAAAGCGCCUAGUGCUUCUCAGAAGCAAGACCCAACUUCAUGGCAACCUGUCAAUACCGCGAGACUAAGUGAUAAUGUGAAGGAAUACUAUUUCCGAUUUUGCGAAGUUUUAGGCAAGAUCACUUUGCUCUGUGAUAACACAUUCGGUGGGCAAGCAGUUCUGGACGAGAAGUUCGGUGGAACUACGCCCAAAACUCCAAUAUCAGAAGCUUUCAGCUUCGGUCGUCGUGGUGAUGACCAUGUCACAACACUGGAUCAGAAACAAGGAUUCUAUGAUCUGCUCCACGUGGCAGUCCAAGCCCUUCCUCGCUGUCUCUCCGACCAUAUCCCAUUCAAUUCGCUCAUCAAUCUUCUUUGCACGGGAACUGCCCAUGUCCAGUCAAAUAUCGCUACUUCCUCAGCGGAGUCGCUGAAGGCCAUUGCGCGGCAAUUGCACGCCCAACAAGUUACAAUCGGCUUUGCUAGGUUCAUCUUCAAUUUUGACGAGCGCUAUUCCACCAUGUCAGACGAAGGAAUGCUUGGACCGGGUCAUAUCGAGUCCACUUUGAGACUAUACGUCGAGUUACUACAAAUCUGGAUUGACGAGAUCAAACAAAAAACGAAGGGUGCAGCAGCGAUGGAUCAGCUGGAGAGAUCCAUUUCUGGUAGUCGAGCCCUGCACCUCGAUUUAUCGAGUGUCCUCGCCCACGUGGAGGAGAUUGAGUCACAUGGGCUCUUUUUCUUGUGUUCUCAGUCAAGACGUGUUCGAGCCUUUGCCAUCACUGUCCUGCGGUUGAUCACCGAAUUUGACAGCGCUCUUGGAAAAGAAAACACAAGAAUCAUUCGGAUCCUUGAGGCUGAUUCUCAGCAAAUCCUAGAUGUGAAUGAUGAGCAUCUGACUGUGGCAGAGCGGAGCCGAAUCCAAAAGGGUAAAAGAAGAAGCGCCUCUCAAAAUACUCUUAUCGAACUGUGCAGCAGUGAAGUCUCUUAUGAUUCAACAUUGUGGGCUAAGGUAUUUCCCAACAUCAUCCGCGUCAGUUUUGAGACUUGCCCGUUCGCUGUAACCCUAGGAAGGGAGAUUGUAUGUGCACGUCUUGUUCAGAUGCACAAGAUCAUCACAUCUCUUGCUGAGAGCACAAGAGUCCAGCAAUAUGCUCCCAUGGAUGCGUACCAGAAUCGCCCCAUUGGAAGAAACAACAAUCUCACGUCUGAGAUCCUCGUCGAGCAAUGGAAGCUUUACCUGGUCAUGGCCUGCACUACUGUCACUAGUGUCGGGGCUCAAUCGCAAAGUCAGCUGGCAAAUGCCCAGCAUGCGCGCAAAGCCUCCAAGGGAGCUCAUCAGUCUCAAGACAAGAUCAGCUCCGCUCGAAGCCUCUUCGCAUUUGUGAUCCCUCUCCUUUCUGCUGAACGAGAUUCCAUUCGCAGUGCUAUUGUUGUUGCUUUGGGAUCUAUUCAUAAAAACCUCUACCGCACGCUUCUUGAGUCUUUGCAGUAUGCCGUCACUACUUGCAAUGAGGAGGCGAAGAUGAGAAUUGGCAACCACUACCGCAGUCCCAGCAGCCCCCGUCGAAACAGGAAGACCGACCGCCUGCGCACCGAGGUCACAAAUGUUUACAAACUCACGUCUCACUUCCUUCAAGAACCCGAGGUUUACAAUGACGACUGGAUCGUCAACAACCUCGUCACAUACGCAAAAGAUAUUCGAAUUUUCCUUAGUGAUGCCGAGGUUCAGAACGACUGGGAAUUCCAGCGCUUGCGAUUCCACUUCUGCGGGCUGAUGGAGGAGAUAUUUGAAGGCAUCAAUCGUGCCAAGGAUCCUUCUCGCUGGAUGCCUUUCGAGUCGCGGAAGUCUGCUUUCUCUCUUAUGGAGGACUGGUGUGGAUACUCGCCAAACCAAUCCCAAAUAUCUGAAAGGGAAGAGAAUAUGCGCAAGUUUUCCAUGACCCGACCAAAUGAGACUGGUGAAAUGAAAAACACUGCUGCUGCGAUGGAGAUUGAGAAGAAGAAUCUACGCGCGGCAGCCUUGAGUGCAAUGGCUUUCCUUUGUGCUGGCCCCAUCAGCAUCACCACCGAAAGCGGUUCUGUCCUCCAAUUCGAUGUCACUCGCAUGCUUUCAUGGAUUGAAAUGAUAUUCAACACCGUCAGUGAUAAAUGGCAUGCCAUCGGCCGCCGGGCCCUUAAGAACCUCAUCAUUCACAAUCAGGAACAUUCCUAUCUGAUGGAGCGAUCAAUCGAGAUGUGCUACGUUACUGAGCGGCCCAAGACCAUCGAGAGCUACUUUGAGGUGGUGACGCAGGUGCUUUUUGAAUAUCCAGAUUAUCCGCUCGAAUUCUGGAGAGUCCUAGGGGCAGUCUUGGUGACACUGGGCAAUGAAAAGCGUGAGAUCCGAAUGAAGUCUGCUAAGCUUCUUCGAAAACUAGAGGAACGCCAGCAGAAGAACUCCAGGCUUCAAGACUUCGAUAUUAGUAUCUCAGACAAGACUACCGCUGUGUACAAGCUGGCCCAGUUCGAAAUCUCGAAAAGAUUAGCUAGUCAGCACUCUGACUUGGCAUUCACUAUCUUUUCGGAGUUUUCUUUGCAUUUCCGCAGUCUUCGACCCGAUAGCCAGCGAAAUAUGGUUGCUGCAAUCCUGCCGUGGGUUCAAACAAUAGAGCUACAGGUUGACCCGAAUGGCGGCCCUACAGCCAAGUCAUACAUGUUGCUCGCAAACCUCUUUGAGAUAACAAUUCGUUGCAGUACAGUCCUGCCUAACCAAGUCCAAGCACUGUGGCAGGCCUUGGCAACAGGCCCUCACGGGGGUAAUGUGCAGCUGGUUCUUGACUUUAUCAUCAGUAUCUGUCUGGAACGCAAAGAGCAAAACUUUGUGGAGUAUGCUAAGCAAAUGGUCGUGUUUUUGUCUGGGACUCCGGCAGGAUCAAAGGUCAUCGAAUUUUUCUUGUUGCAGGUUGUGCCAAAGAACAUGGUGCAAGAGAGGAAAGAACUCACUCCACCUCCUCCUGACAUCAAAAGCCUACCAUAUGUUGCAGACCUUGGAACAGUACUCCCUGUCGGAAACAAACAAGCUGGUCUAUCUCUUGGACAGGUUGCCCUGAUAUUCCUCGUUGAUCUGAUGGUCGCUCCGGUGACUCUCGCUCUGACUGAUGUUGUCAAGCUGAUCCACAUCGUUCUCAUUCUCUGGGACCACUAUACAGUCACUGUGCAGGAGCAAGCUCGCGAGAUGCUGGUACAUCUUAUCCAUGAACUGAUAGCGGCCAAACUUGAGGACGAUGCCCCGGCGGGCGCCCGGCAAUCCGUCGAAGACUUUGUGGAAUCAAUACGUAAGAGCGACCCCGCGGUCGUUUGGGAAUACGAAGAGAAUCAUGGCAAAGAGGAAGAGACCGAUGACCGCCGCGUGCCUGAAUCUAUGGCUUCUGUCACCCGUGACGUCGUCAAGUUCUUUAGCUUUGCUUACGAAGGCGUUGGCGACCUGUGGGCGAAGGAGGCAUUGAACUGGGCCACCUCGUGUCCGGUACGACAUUUGGCAUGUCGAUCGUUCCAGAUCUUCCGCUGUAUCUCGACAUCUUUAGACUCGCGAAUGCUGGCUGAUAUGCUCGCGCGGCUUUCAAACACCAUUGCAGACGAGGAAACGGAUUACCAAACAUUCUCGAUGGAGAUUCUUACUACGUUGAAAAUCAUCAUCAGCUCCCUUGCGCCAUCCGAUCUUCUGGAUUAUCCUCAGCUAUUCUGGACGACAUGUGCUUGUCUCAACACAAUCCAUGAGACUGAGUUUAUCGAGAGUAUUGGCAUGCUUGAGAAAUUCCUUGAUCGGGUCGAUCUCAGUGAUCCAGUUGUGGUGGCUAACCUUAUCGAGGGCCAACCACCAAACUGGGAAGGCGGCUUCGAUGGUCUCCAGGACCUUGUCUUCAAGGGAAUGAAAUCGUCCGAGUGCUUUGAUCGUACACUCGAUCUACUUCAUACUCUCAGUGGUCUUCCAAACAAUGAUCUCAUCGGAGACGGAACUCGACAUUUGUUCACUGUGCUGGCUAACCUACCCCACUUCCUUCAAUGCUUCAAAGAAGGGUUUAGUGACCCCAAACCCAUUGCUCGUGCUAGCAUACUUGCCCGUGUGGCUGAGAAUGAGCGAUGCCCUCGCCUUGCAGCAUCGUUGUUUGGGUUUGCCAACCAGCAGUACAAGACCGCUGGGGUCUUCCUCGACCAUAUCAUCACCGAGAUCAAGUCAUAUUACUUCCCCCAGCUGGACUUCCAAUGUCUCAUCUUCCUCAUGGGACUUCUCACUAACACCACGGAUUGGUUCCGCAUCAAAACAAUGAGGAUCCUCUGUGUCUUGAUUCCCGAGGUAGACAUGCGGCGCAAUGAGGUCACCUGCCAUGGCCCAGAUCUGAUCUCCCCACUACUCCGGCUUCUGCAAACCGAUCUCUGCCCCCAGGCUCUGGAGGUUCUGGAUAAUAUCAUCACGGUCUCAGGAAAUCCAAUGGAGCGCCAACAUCUUCGGAUGAGUAUGGCAUCGGCAGCCUCUUCUCGUGCUAUCCGCAAAGAGUACGAGCGAAUCCAGAGUCUAUACGGAAUUCCUGAACCGACGGGAUGGUCGGUUCCUAUGCCUGCAACCCAGUCAAGCAUGACCCGGCACAACGUUCACGCUGUCUUCUACACAUGUGUUGAGGCCGAAGACAGACAAGAGGAAGAUGUUAUGACACCCAGUGUGGCCUUCCAUGCGGACGACUACAGCGACUCGUUCUUCCCAAUGAGAGCUGAUACCAUGAAAUCAAUCGAUACGCAGAUUGAUGGCAAUAUGGGAGAUAUCGUGCAGAAGCUAGACAGCCUAGAUGACUUCUUCGAGGAUACUGAUACAAUCACCCCUGUGCUGAACCCUAUAGCUCCUCCGAUGUUGCGAGGAUUCACUGGUAAUUAUGUGGAUACCAACGCACAUCUGUACGACCAGCAGACCGCGCCAAUUUUGCGGGAAUCACUCGCUCGGACAGGCUCUACAUCGUCCUUCCAUAAUGGUCUUGCCGAGUCUCGCCCUCCCAACUUUCGCUUCGACGGCCCGGGUGUGUACUCCCCGGUAACGGCGAUACCUCCAAACUCCGCACAGAUAUUCCGAUCUGGUUCCCAUACCCGCUCUGUCACCUCCCCUACCAACAAUCUCUAUGUCCAUACCGCGUCCAAUGCACCCAAUUCCACACUGCCCGUUGGAUUCAGCGAUUCCGCUUUCCUGUCCGAUGAGGAUCCCGACGAGGUGCAUUCGGAUCUAGAGGAGCGCCCGGUGACCAAGAAGGCGAUCACUCCACCUGCACCCAUGAUCCGCAGUGCAACCGAUGGACCACACUCCCUGGAAUCAAUGAUUCGCAGCGGUAUGCGGAGACUGACUGGUGGCGCAGUCAACAGAGAAAAGGAGCGACAGAGGGACCUCCUCCGCGCACAACACCGCGCCAUUGUGCAAACGGCCAAUUCACCUCGUGUCCCAAAGGUGCCUGAGGAAUAUCUCUCAGCACCUACCAGUCACCCGGCAUCACCGAGGUGA